AUGUCUAAGUCCCCACUACUAGCGGCGGACGCUCGAGUGCUGAGCUACACUGAUUCAGUUCCAGAUAAGUCGAUUCCCUUUGGUCAAGUAGACACGCUCAACAAGAGAGGCGCUAAAAAAACAGGUAGAGUGCCUGUUCCACCUCUGCUGCUGCUGCUGCAUCAUUACCACCAUCAUCAUCACCAUCAUCACCGAAAACAUGCAAAAAAUAAGGUAGCUACGCCGAAGCUUGACACUUUUGAAGGUGUGUUUCUUCCAACUUCAUUGAAUGUUUUGUCCAUUUUGAUGUUUUUGAGAUUUGGCUUCAUUCUUGGCCAAAUGGGUAUUACUGGUACGUUCUUACUUCUUAUUAUGUCAUAUACAAUUGAUAUUUUAACUACGUUGUCCAUUAGUGCCAUCUCCACGAACGGUACGGUGAAGGGCGGCGGUGCCUAUUACAUGAUCUCAAGGUCAUUGGGCCCUGAAUUUGGUGGUGCAAUCGGUAUUAUUUUCUUUAUUGGUCAAAUUUUGAAUUCCUCCUUGAAUGUUGUAGGUUUCAUCGAACCAUUGUUGGUGAAUUUCGGCCAAAUCGAUGGAGAUAUGAUCCCAAUCUUACCCGUGAGUUACUGGUGGCAGGUUACGUAUUCUACGAUUUUAUUGGCUCUCUGUACCGGUGUGGCGUUGGUUGGAGCUGAAUUGGUGUCGAAAACUGCAUUUUUAUUAUUUAUUGUGCUUUCUUUGAGUACAAUUUCGAUUCCAAUCUCUUCAAUAUUUGUUAGACCUUUCAACUUACCUCCUCCCUUGGACAACUUAUACUACACAGGAUUGUCAUGGAAAACAUUCAUUGAAAACUUGUGGCCACAUUUCACCAGUGGAGCUGCCGGUUCUGGACAACCAUCAGGUGUACCAGAAACCUUUAGAAAUUUGUUUGGGAUAUUCUUCCCUGCAACAGCUGGGAUUUUCGCUGGUGCUUCUAUGUCAGGAGAUUUGAAGACUCCUUCUAAAUCCAUUCCUCAAGGUACUUUGAGAGGCUUGGGGGUUACUUUCAUUUUGUACUCCUUGGUAAUUGCCUCAAUGGGUGCCUCCAUCCCCAGAGAAAUUUUACACAGCGACAUUAAAGUUAUUCAGACCGUUUCCCUUCAUGGAGUUAUUAUCCUUUUGGGAGAAUUUUCCACAUCAUUAUUCUCUGUCAUUAUGGGUAUUGUUGGAGCAGCACUAAUGCUCAAUGCUAUAGCUGACGACAAGAUUAUCCCUGGCUUAUCUAUAUUUACUACGCAGAAGAAGUCUCUGAAACAAAAGAAAUUGGCUCAAGUCUAUAGUAUUAUGAUUACUUGGUUUAUUGCCCAAAUUUUCCUUUUUGCAGAUAUCAAUCAAAUUGCCACGUUUAUUACGAUGGCAUUUUUGAUGACCUUUAUUGUUACCAAUUUGGCUUGUUUCUUAUUGAGAAUGGGUUCUGCUCCAAAUUUCAGGCCCUCUUUCAAGUACUUUAGUUCCAAAACUGCUUUACUGGGUGUCAUCAGCUGCUUUUUGGCGAUGUUCAUUGUGGAUGGUUUAUCAGCAACUUUGGUUGUAAUAUUUUUGUUCUUUUUGAUCAUGAUGAUUCACUACCUGACGCCUCCGCUGAAGUUUGGUGAUAUUUCACAAUUAUUAAUUUAUCACCAAGUCCGGAAAUAUUUGUUGAGGUUGAAAUUACAAAUGAGUGUAAAGUAUUGGAGGCCACAAAUUUUGCUUUUAUGUGAUGAUCCACGGUCUUGUUGGGAGCUCAUUGGCUUCUGUAAUCAUUUGAAAAAGGGUGGUUUGUAUAUAUUGGGACAUGUCGUUGUUAUGAAAGAUGAUACUGAAAAGAGCAAGAAUGAUAGUGAAGGAGGAUACUUUUCGACAACUUCAUUUAAUGAAUUGAGGAAACAAAAUGAUGCAUGGAUUAAGUUACGUGAUUUUUCUAAGAUCAAGGCCUUUGUUCAAAUCGCUUUAGGGCCAACUUUACCUUGGGGGGUGAGAAAUGUGUACUUGGGUUCUGGUUUAGGAGGAAUGAGACCAAAUAUUACUGUAAUUGGGUUCUAUGAAUAUAUAAAACAUGGAGUGGAUUUGCCCGUUUUCAAGAAGAAAAUUGAUCAAUUACCAACAGAUACUUUACGAAAAGAGAGGAAAAUAUCCAUUGGUCAGUGGGUUCAGAUUAUAGAAGAUUUGAUUGUGAUGCAAGCUACUGUUGCAGUUGCAGCUAAUUUUGCGAGAAUGGACUUGCCAACUUUACUUAAAAAGCCUAAUUUUUUUCAGAAGCAGGAUAACAAGUAUAAAUUCAAUGCGGAAACAGCGAGAUAUAUUGAUCUAUAUCCCAUUCAAAUGUGUUCUGUUGAUCAGUUAGAGAAUGGGAAAUCUGUCUUAUCGACAAAUUUUGAUACAUAUACGUUAAUUUUACAGCUAGGAGCAAUUUUAACGACUGUUAGCGAAUGGAAGUAUACCAAUCACAUCCUAAGAGUAAUUGUAUUUGUGGAGACUCCAGAGGAAAUUGAUGACGAGAGAGCAAGACUUUCGGAAUUGUUGUCUACAUUGCGUAUUAAUGCAGAACCUAAGAUUAUUUGUCUUAGUGAUGGGUCGCUACCAAUGUAUAAUUGUUUGAUUAAAGGAUAUACUCGAACUGCAAACAAUAAAGAAGAUUUCAAAAGGAUAGAUUCUUGCUUACAAAACGAUCAGUGGUGGAAGAAUUUAUCUAGUGCUAGAAGUGCCAUUAGGGACAUUGAAAGACAAAAAGCGAAAAAGAUGCAACAACAACGUGGUGAUGUCACACCACGAAAUAUCAAGAGGUUCGAUCCAUUAAAUUUGUCUAAUGGUGUAUCAUUCACUGAACAACUGCAACCUUUGAAUAUUGGAAAUGAAGGAAAUAGGAUGAGUUUUAAUGCCAAAAGAAGAGGUACGAUAUCUGAUUUACAUGAGCAAGGUAUUUCCUUAUCAUUAAAUAUGAGAUCACAAGGUGGUCUGUUUUAUCAUCAUGCAGUGGAAAGUAGCGAUGAGAGUGAAUCUGAGAUGGAUACGGAAAGUGAUUUUGAGCAACCUAAUAAUGAGUUCUAUGAUUCUGAAAUUUCAAUUUCAUCAAAUAGUUCAAAUCAAGUUGAUGGAGAGCCAUCAACAAACUCUCCUUUAUCUUCUACAGCUGGUAGUUCCACGAAUUUGAAACCUCAGCAGCCUACUAUAUCGAGAUACAAUCUGGGAAAUGUUGCGCUUGAGCACUUACGAAGGCACAAAGGAGGAAGCAAAGCCGAUGAUUUAUUUAAAAAUUCUCAAUCAUCAGAUCAACUUUCUCUUAGAUCUUCAGUUUCGAAUUUAAGGCCCAAUUUCCUGUCAGUUAAGAUGCCGCAGGCUAAAGUUAAUGAUGAUGAAGAUGGUUCUGAUGAUGAUAAUCUUCAGUCGAUCAGGUUUGUAGGAGAUGACGACAAAGGAGAAGAGGAUGAAGAGGAUGAAGAUGCCGAUGAUGAUGAUGAUGGUGAUGAUAAUGAUGGUGAUGAUGAUGAUGAGGGUCAAGAGGGUGAAGAUAUCACAAGUAGUAAAUCCAGGAGUAGCAGUGUCAGUCCAGCUGCCGUUGAUAGAGUGGACGAAGUAAGUGAGACUAUCAUAGAACACGCAUUCGCCAAGAAAACCCCAUCUAAAUUGUCUUCACCAUUAGCUAAACGAGACAGCUCAGUCGAUCCCCUUGCAAGCUUGCCUGGAAGUGGGACUGUAACUCCUCAAAAGCAAAGAGGUAGAACCACUGACCUUAAAAAUGAUAGGAGCCAGCUCGGAGCAGGAGUCAGAUCUCCAUCUCUAUUUUCAGUUCACGAGGAGGCAAUUAAGAAAUUGCGUACUCCUAAAUUCAGACCUGAGGAAGGUUUAGAGAAUGAUGAACCAAGCAAUUUGAACUUGAAUUCGAAUGCAAAGUCCCAAUCUCCAGAAGCAAUCGCAACUGAAUACAAAGGUGCCGCUCCAACUAAAAAAGAUGGAAUUUCUGAGGCUAUGAAAGACGAAGAGGAUGAUUCAAUUAGCUUGAAACAACUACAGGAAGAAUUGAAACAACUUACUUUUAACGAUUUGCCAGCAAAGGGACAGCAUUUGAUUUUGAAUGAGCUCAUGAAACUCAAUUCACCUGCUGAUCGCACCGAUAUUAUAUUUUCAACUUUACCAGCUCCACAAUUAGGAACACAUUUAGAUGAAGAUGAUUCCUUUGAGUACACCAAUAAUCUCUCGAUUUGGAUGAAUGAUCUUCCACCAGUCUUACUUCUCAACUCCCAGACUGUUACCGUUACUACUAACUUGUGA